AAGAAUUAAUUUACGCGAAUUCUAUGCUGAAAAGUCAAUAUUUGGAAGACUGUUCUGCUCAUGCUUCAAAAACCUCUUUCAGUUCUUUCUGUUUUGUGAAUCGCAAAUUUAGGAUGGGUAAACCCCGUGGUUUAAAAACCGCUAGGAAGCAUGUCAACCAUCGUCGUGAACAGCGAUGGGCUGACAAAGACUACAAAAAAGCCCAUUUGGGAACCAGAUGGAAGGCUAACCCUUUUGGAGGAGCAUCCCACGCCAAAGGAAUAGUUUUAGAAAAAGUUGGUGUAGAAGCUAAGCAACCUAACUCUGCCAUCCGUAAAUGCGUGAGGGUACAACUUAUCAAGAACGGUAAAAAAAUCACAGCUUUCGUACCUAGGGAUGGUUGUUUAAAUCACAUUGAAGAAAAUGACGAAGUCUUAGUAGCUGGAUUUGGUAGGAAAGGUCAUGCCGUAGGAGAUAUCCCCGGAGUUAGAUUCAAGGUAGUGAAGGUUGCCAACGUUUCACUUUUAGCUUUAUAUAGGGAGAAGAAAGAAAGACCAAGAUCGUAGGUUAUUAUAAUUUUUAUCUUGUAUUUUAAUAAAAUGCAGGUAUAAAGUUUGUAUUUUGUUA